AUGUCCCAGUCAGGCCCACCCGCAGACGCCAAGCAGGCCCAGGCGGCUGCGCUUGCAGAGCUCGAGAACGCACAGCGCCGCAAGCGCACCAUUGACUCCACCUUGGCCAACCUCGAAGCGUCGAUCUGGGCCUUUGAGGGCAGCUAUCUCGACGAGACGGCGGCUUCUGGCGGUAACAUUGUCAAGGGCUUCGACAACUACCUCAAGCCUCCCGGUACCCAGAACAAGAAGAAGGUCGAUAACUCUGACGUCGACCGUCUCUUCUCGACGAGUUCAGUCACUUUCCAACAGAGUCUUGAGCGCCAGUAUGCCAUGGCUGCGUCUAGGGCUAUCAUGCCCCCGCCUCCAAUCCCGACGUACUCGACCCAGCCUUCAAGCUCGAGCUACUCAAACUACACCCAGACUCGCAUGGCGAAUGCCCGCCAGUCGCAUGCAGCUGGCCCGUCCACUGUCUCUACUCCCUCAUACUACGUCCCCAACCUUCCCGCCAACCAGGCGCCGCACGCGACAUACCAGGUGCCUCCUCUGUGGGCUCGCCAUACGGGCAACGACCGUAUCGGUCUUGCCACCCCGAACUCGAACGCAAUUGCCUCGAGAUCCGGCAGUGCGAGCAACCCCAUCAUGACCUCUGACAACUGCAACAACCUUCCUGCAACCGCCGCCGCCGCCGCCGCCGGGCCGACGCAGACCCUGCCGCAGCCGCAGACCGAGACCUUGCUCGCGCUCACUCCCGCUGAGAUUGCGGCGUACGCCAGCAUCGACUUUACGCAGCUGAGCAACGCCGAACUGAGCCUGCUUGCUGCCAAGCUUGGUCCCUUCGUUGACUCGGCGGUGCAGGCCCAGGUUCACGCCCCGGGCGCCAGCGCCAGCGCGAGGAUGAGCACCAGCCCCAGCACCGGCACCGGCACCGCCCCCGGGAACUCCACUUCGACGUCUGCGCCUGUGCCAGCGACCAUGGUGGUCCCCACGCUCCCGCCCCUGCCCCUGCCUGCUACUACUACACUGCCGACCCCCGCGACUCCUACGAGCAUGCCCACGGCGUCGGCGACCAUGACGAUGCCCAUGCCCACGCCGCCCGCACCCUCGACCCCCGGCCCGUCGGGCCCCGUGGGUCCGACCAUGCCCUACACCCCCGUGACGCCCACCCAGUCGGAUGGUAUCGCCGCCCUGCCGGCCGACGCACUCAUCCACUCGAGUCCACAGGAUGUGUGA